CGGUGUACCUUCUUCCUCUCUCUCUCUCUCUCUCUCUCUGUGUUCGUGUCUCGUUCGCUGAGAUCCUCCUAUUCGAGGCAAGCACUACACUAGACCAUUCAUGGCUGCAGCUCAAGUACAAUCGACCGAUCGUAUCAUCCCAACCCCUACUGAAGAGAACCCUGCGGAACCAGAUGAUUUGAAGGAACAGUCUCUUUCAGUGAAAAAUGAGAGGUCGGUUUCUCCUAAUUCUUCUCAGGAUGCUGCCAUAGGUCAUUCAAGGGACACUGCUGGUCAAUCAGGAUCUUUUGGAAUGGCUGGAGAUCGUAGUGUGUACCCACCUAAUGUCUAUGCUCCUCAUGCACAUGCUGUAUACUAUAAAGGUUAUGAAAAUGGUCCUUCUGAAUGGGAUGAAUACCCUCGUUUUUUUAAUGUCGAAGGUUUGGAUAUUGGAUCUCCUGGCAUGUACAACGAAGUUUUUCAUGCUGGUUACAGCUACAGUCCACAGAUGCCAUAUGGACCAUAUUCGCCAGUCACCACACCUUUGCCUUCUGUUGGGGGAGAUGCUCAAUUAUACUCCCCGCAGCAAUACCAGUUUUCAGGACCACCAUAUUAUCAGCAGUUAGUUCCUCCUAGUAUGCCAUAUAUUACUUCGCCAACUCCCGUUACGCAACCAGAGCUGAACUCAAUAGCUACUGCUGACCAACCAGUUGAUGGAAUGCUUUAUGGGCCGAGACCUGGUUAUCCCUCUUCUCUGGGGUCUUUUGGAAGAGGCAAUUUGUCUGGAAAUCCCGGAAGUCUUGGUUUUCAGGAUUUGCAGCAGGGUUUUGAUGCAUUCGUUUCUGGUGGUCUUUGGUCAGAUUGGCCAAAAUCCUCAGACAGACAGAGGUCUCUUACUCCAUUAUCACCGUCAAUAUCUCCACAACCAAUUGGCAGUUUUGGGUCAUAUGGGCACAAUUUUGGAAUGGCUUCUCAGCAGCAAAAGUCAUUCUAUGGAUUUGGAUCUGGUUCAAACACAUAUAGCAGAGGCUACCGGCAUGGUGGUUUUAAUCAAGGCUCUAACUUGGGAAGUGCAUCCAUUUCCAGUUUGGGAACAAAUGGCCGAGGCUGGCUUACUCUUGACAAUGGCAAACGUCGUGGUAGGGGCAGCAAUUCUCUAUGCAAUUGUAGUGGCACACUUGAUAUUCUUAGUGAGCAAAAUCGUGGACCCAGGGCAUCAAAAUCAAAGAGCCAGAUUGUUGGUGAAAAUAAUCUAUCAGCUGAUAGUAACAAACACAGCUCAUCUACUGCAAAGACCCUCGACGAGUCUUACAAUCGACCAGAUUUUGUCACGGAGUAUGAGGAUUCCAGGUUUUUCAUCAUCAAAUCAUACAGUGAGGAUAACGUCCACAAGAGUAUCAAGUAUGGUGUCUGGGCGAGCACACCUAAUGGAAACAGAAAACUGGAUGCUGCUUAUCGUGAAGCAAAGGAGAAGCAAAGCACCUGUCCCGUGUUUCUCUUUUUCUCUGUAAAUGCUAGUGCACAGUUUUGUGGAGUGGCUGAAAUGGUUGGACCUGUAGAUUUUGACAAGAGUGUGGAUUAUUGGCAGCAAGAUAAAUGGAGUGGACAGUUUCCUGUCAAGUGGCACAUCAUUAAAGAUGUUCCCAACAGUCAGUUUCGUCACAUAGUGCUUGAAAAUAACGACAACAAGCCCGUAACCAACAGUCGAGAUACACAGGAGGUGAAAUUGGAGCAAGGAAUGGAAAUGUUGAACAUUUUCAAGAAUAGUGAAAGCGAUAUGUCCAUCCUAGAUGAUUUUGACUUUUAUGAAGACAGGCAGAAAGCCAUGCAAGAACGAAAGGCCAGGCAGCAGGGCAGCUUGGUGGAUGGGGGGGUAGUUGGAGGGAAUGAGAGCAGAAACGUCGUUACAUUGUCUAAUGAUUUCAUGAAGCAGAUGUCGAAGAGUUUUGCUCAGGUUGUCCGCAUAGAAGGGAGUGGUAAAGAAGCUUCGCCGACUGAUAGAGCUGGUUCUGUGACAGAUGUAUCCACUGGCACCGGAGUCAGGAAUGAAGAUGCUACAACCACCACUGCGCCGAGUGCUCAGGCUACCUAGGCAAUUAUUACAAUUCUUGGGCAAUUCAGGCAGGCUUUUUAGUGUAUUGGUACACACUUUAAUUCUACUUUCUAGUUUUUAGAUAUACUUUUUGAGGUAGGGUUUUUUUACGGGUUCUUGGGCUUCAUGUAUCAUAUAAGACUGCUGAGUGCUGCUUUUUGAUUAUAAUUCGCAGUUUAUCUGUUUCAUGUUUUCGCUUUGUUUUUCGGGUGAAAUUCUACUUGGAGUUUGUAUAGUUCUCCAUCUUGGCAGGCAGUUCAAUAAAAGAAAUAAGGGAAAGACUCGUAUUCAGUAAUGCAUCCAAUUCUAUCAUGGCUCAUUUCCUUAGUUGUGAGUCUUAUGACUGAUGUUCCAUUGAAGUACUGCGAACAUGCCCAGAUUAGUACUUUGCUGUUGCUAGAUGCCUGUGUACUUUUGUUUA